CUUUGUUUGUAUUGGUGGUUGACGCUAUGAUGUUUAGGUUGUCAAUAAUUGACAAACAGUUGAAUUUUCUUAUCCCAUUAUAACUUGUAUUUCUUGCACGAUGCUGAAAUUACCGUUAGGAAUGUUUGGGGUGAUAAUGAACACUCUUUACUGGUGGAUGCGUCCCUUAAUUAAAUGGAUUCUGAGACGCACAACAAGAUUAUGCGAACUCCAAAGAAUAUGUUAUGGUGAAUAUAAAGGGACCCAAAGGACUGCAGGCGUGGAAUUUUCCUUGGAACACAGUAGAACUCCAGAAAUUCAAAAAUGUGUUAAAUAUAUUGACAGUAAAUGUGAAGAGCGAACACUUAAACCAGACCUCAUAUACUAUGCGGUUUUUGCAAUUGUUCGAAUAAAGAGGAUUAAUACAAAAGUGCACAGAAAAUUCACAGAGACACUUGGGGAGUGUCUCACUCAAAUAUGGGGAUACAAACAGCUGGUAGCAGAAAUAGAGGUUCUUCGUCAGAGACCAUAUGAUCCUGAAAAUCCCAGCCAUGAGGAAAAGCUUCUAAGAUUAUGGGGUUUGCUUAUGCCAGGAGUUGCUUUAGAGGCCAGAGUAACUAAACAAUGGCAAGACAUUGGGUUUCAAGGAGAUGACCCCAAAACUGAUUUUCGAGGCAUGGGCAUCUUAGGCUUAGAAAAUUUAUUAUUCUUUGCAGAGCAGCAUACUUCUGCAGCUCGACAUGUAUUAGCACGCUCACAUCAUCCGGUAUAUGGGUAUUCAUUUGCCAUAGUUGGGAUCAACAUUACUUUCAUGGCAUACUCACUACUGAAGAAUGGUGAAGCCAAGACCCAUUUCUACAAUGCUUCCAAAAAGUUCUCUGAAGUACGUACAUUCCAUCAGUUUUAUUGCUACUUGUUUUAUACUUUUGAUGAACUUUGGAGGCACGAAAAACCCAAGGAUAUGAUGGAAUUCUCACGUGUGAGAGAUAAAUUUGAAAAUCAAGUAAAACAAAAACUGCAAGAUCCUACUGCAUAUUUUAAGUGUAACUUUGUCUUAGAAAACAUUUAAUGAUCUUUUCAAUUUAGAUUUCAUAGAAGUCUGUUGUAGAAGAUUGCAGUCAUUAUAUAAUAGGUUAUAUGCUAUUUAAUACAGAUUUUUGGGGAUUACUGAGGAUUAGUUGAUGUGUACAAGCAAUGCAUAUUUCAAGAGUUGCCUUCUUUGACUGUGUAUGGUUUUUGAAACCACCUUUCCUACCUUCCUACCCUAAUGAAUAGUAUGUGGCCCCUGAUUGUGUUGGAUUUCGUGUGCCUCAUUAUCAAGUUUUAGACUAAAAUGUGUUGUUUUGCCAAACAUAUUUUCAGUCAGAACAUGAUAAUGAUUGCAAAGGGAAGUUACCAUGCAAUGACAAAAUUAGCACCAUUUCCAAGUUUUAUGUCACUCAUAAACAAAUGUUGUGAUGAUGAAAUGUGCUACUUUGUUCAUAUCUUAAUUUGAACAUCAUAACUUGCAGAAUAACAAAAGUACUUCAAAAUUUAGUAUAUGUAAUGCUAUUUUCAUGAUUUUAUAUUUGCAUAUAUCCCUUCUAAGAUCAGACUUCUGGGUAAUAAAAUUACUGUCCCUGUAUUACUCUAUUUUUCUCAGUCCUCAUAUAGUACAUCUGAAGAAGUCUGUCAUCCUAGAGCAGUGCAAAAGAAAGGGCAGGUAUGAAAGUUCAAAGUACUCUUGUUGAACAGCUGCAUUAUCAUAUUUUCCAAGUCUGUCCUUCUUGAAUCAUUAAGUAACAGUCAGGCACAGGAAACCUUCAAUCCUUAUUCAUCCUAUGCUUACAAGUUAACUCUUGAUGCAACUCAUUGCCUUCAAAGUUCAGUGCACCCCAAGCAACCCAUGUAUUUUACAGUUUCAGACAUUUUGUACAUGUUCAUGUGUGUAUUUUCUGUAAAAUUGCCUGUUGCUAACAUGCAUAGUAGAGCCAGGGUGAAAGGUUAUUGAUACAGUGUUCAGUGUUGUAAAAAAGAUUACUUGGUUACCUAAAAUGGGGCCAUGUAUUAGUGACUUUAUCAAUACGCUAAACUAGCAGAAACAUUCUGAGGCUUUCGAGAAUGUUGAGAGUACUAUAUUUUCUCAUUAGUAUCUUUAAGGUGUUGAUUUUCCAGUUGUAGAUAUGCCAACAUGGAUUGACUGGCUCCUGUUAAAAAAUAGAUUUCCUCAUUUGGUAAACAUUUGAAGAAAAUGGACCAAGUUUGGCAAAAAUUAAGUUAGGUAUGCAUAUUAAACUUUUUAAUUGUAGAAGGUAUACACUGCUUGACCAAGUACCUUUUGAGAUAAGAACCAAAUUUGGUUGCUAGUGCUGAAGUGGGUAUAUAUAAUGAAAACCACCAACACUUGCUAUAGGUAAACAUAUUGUUGGCACAAAUUUUAUUGCUCUGAAAGUCAUAGUUCCCAUAUAUAUUUUCAUAUGGAUUUUUCCAUGUGCCAGGAACUGUACAUUUUAGCUGACAAAGGUGUCCAGAUGCUGGUUGCUUAAUAGCUCAAGUUGUUUACAAGCCUUUAUUAAGAGAUAAGCGCAGGAUAUAUGUAGGGCUUGUCUUACAAACAAGGAAUGAAUUGUAGACCAAUAGUAAAGUGUACUACUGUAUACAUAUUUUAAUUUCAACUUUCAGUAUUGUUCUGGUACUUUUGAGUAAUAUGUAGCAUAGUGACAUGCUGUAAUCUUUCUCUAAUCAUAUAAGUACCUAUGCAAGUACUAAUAUGAUUUAUAGUAGUUUAUAUUAUGUCAGUGUCAACACUUGGCAUACGAUACUGCAGGAUAUUGGAGUAUGUGGUGUGAGGGAAUGCCCUAUUCUCAUCUUUUCUUCAAGCUUAGGAAUGCCAGCUUGUUUAUGAAGUUUAUUAUUACAUCUUUAUUUGAUUAUUAUUUAAGAAUUUUCAGUUGAAAUCUGAUUGGAGCUAUUUUUUAGUUUAAAUGCAGGUAAUUCUUUAAGCUGGGGAGGCACAAUGUUGGAAAAAUUUCUUUAGUAAGUAAUCUUUUGCUUAGCUUAAUGUACUGCACAGAAAUAGUUUUGUAUACUACUCAAAUACAUAUCAUGCACAUGGGAAAAUUAUGUACAAAAGGUUAUCAAAACAUGCAUUGAAUAUUUGUAGUGGUGGUUUUUUAAUUGGACAGCCAUAUUUAGUUUUACUCAAAAUACAACCAGUUAACUGUUGCAGAGUAUCAUAAAAAGCUUGUUAUCCCAUAGGUGUGAUUUGGAGUUAGGUAUUAAAGAUGUACAAAGGC